UUUGUUUCUUUCUCGUCUUUGCCAGUGCAGUGAUUACUAUUGCUCUGUGUAAUUUUUGUAUUCUUUUCUUUACAUAUAAUCUCUUUAUUCUGUAUAUUGUUUUUGUCUUAUUUAUUUAGAACGCAAAAAGAAGUAUAACUAAAUAAAAAUGUUACGAAAUUCCUUAAAGUUUAUUGCAAAAGGAAAUCUUUGUGAACGGCCAUUUACAUUACUUGUGCGAAGAUUUAUGCAUAUCAGGCAAUUUAGUGGUUUGCAGUCACAAAUAUCUAGAAAUGUUGGUAAAGUUAGACCGAUUCUCAACAAUUGUCAAUGUCGUACUAUGUUCAUACAAACACAAGAUACACCUAAUCCAAACAGUUUAAAAUUUUUGCCAGGAACUAAAGUAUUAGAACCUGGACAGACCAUGGAUUUUCCUAAUAUAGGUUCAGCACAGUGCAGUCCUUUAGCAAAAAUGCUAUUUCGCAUUGAAGGUGUGAAGGCUGUUUUCUUUGGUCCUGAAUUUGUUACAAUAACUAAACAAGAUGAUGAUGUUGACUGGAAAUUAUUGAAACCUGAAAUAUAUGCUACCAUAAUGGACUUUUUUGCUAGUGGAUUACCUGUAGUUACAGAUGCAAAACCUUCUGGUGAUACACAAAUAAAUGAAGAUGACGAUGAAAUUGUUCAAAUGAUAAAAGAAUUACUCGACUCUCGAAUUAGACCUACAGUCCAAGAAGAUGGUGGUGAUGUACUCUUUGUGGACUUCAAGGAUGGUGUGUUGAGACUCAAAAUGCAGGGAUCCUGUUCCUCUUGCCCUAGUUCUAUAGUGACUUUGAAAAAUGGGGUUCAAAAUAUGAUGCAGUUUUACAUACCGGAGGUAUUAGCUGUUGAACAAAUUGAUGAUGAAGGUGAAAAAAUAAGUGAAAAAGUUUUCAAGGAAUUCGAACAACUGAAAACCAAAGACAAAUGAAUCCCAUAAAUAUUAGUAGUAAAUUUUUGACAGAUAUGAGUUUACAUAGUAAAUUAUCGGGCCGCAAAACACGACAGAUAUAGAUUUUCAUACAACUUUUGCCGGCCGCUGCCCUCAUGUAUCUGGCCAGUACGGCAAUUUUGAUUUAUCUCUAAGAAGAUUGUCCAAAUAAUGCUCACAUUUCCAAGCAUGUUUGAGAAAAAACUUAAUAAAUCUGUAAAAGGCUAUCGUCAUCAUCAUCAUCAUAUCAACCGUUAGCUGUCCGCUGCAGAGUAUAGGCUUCUUCCAUAGGUUCUCAUUAGGAACAAACCCGAACCACCUGCAAAACUUAAAUCUAAG